AUGCAGUUCAAGAACCUCGUCCUCACUCCUCUCGUUGCCGCUGGCAUCGCCUCUGCCGCUCCCAACCCCGAUGUCAAGGUCUUCCAGGCUGUUGCCCUUCGAUCUGCUAGCCCUAUUCAUCACACAAACCUCCAGGCUUCCAUGAAUGGCUUUGCCCUGAAGCUCAAGGACCAGGGUGCAUCUUGUGACCGUGGUGCCAAGGAGAAUGCCGCUACCUUUACCCUCAACACCAAGACCAAGGAGAUGCUUCUCUACUCUACUAGCAACCCGCGCCAGCAGGCAUUCACAGACCGCUCAGGUAUGGGCCAAGGCAUGCUGGGUUACCGCACUGGCGCCCAGCCUCUCUGCACCCGCUGUGAGCAGGACAAGUGGUCCAUCAACGAGAACAACUUCCUCCAGUACGAUGACCGCGACAACUUCAUCGCCUGCCCUCAGGAGGAUGGCUCUUACUCCGUCUUCACCAGCGCUGGUGUCGACAACCCCGCUGGUAACAAGGACUGUGUCUCUGUCACCUUUGCCGUCAGCGAGGUCAGCGAGCCCGUUGGCUGCCUCUACUCCCAGCAGGGCCAGUAA